AUGGUGGCUCGGAAAUUCCUCGUUCGCCACAAUGAUUCCGACUUCGACCUCGAAUACGACACGGACGAUGGGUUUGAAGUUCUCAAAUUCCAGCUAUUCUCUCUAACUUCAGUUCCUCCCAAUGAACAAAAGAUAUUUGGCGACCAAGAUGAUCGGCUUGUAUCGGACGACUCUGAUCUCAUUACAAUCUCCAAUAAGCUGCGAGAAAUCCGACGAAGAAUUCGCUCGGAGUUGCAGGCAGAGGAAGAAGCACUUUUGUUUCAGCAGUUCUCUGCCAGUAAAGAUGAGGGACAAAUGGAGAAGAAAAUACGGCCUUAUGUUGAUCAGGUCCUAAUGUAUGAAGACUCACAUCGUCAGGAGGCUGCUCGGAAUACAGUGCCUGUGGAGAAACUUGAGGAGAAGGCAUUAGUUGCAUUGGCAAAGGAAGAUGUGAAAGGGGAAAGUAAACAACUUAAAGGAUUUACCCAUGAAGGCUAUAGCAAGAAAAAGAAAGAGAGAAGGCUCGACAGAUAA